AGGGCUAGGUGGCGCUAAAAUACUUCAUUCGUAGAUUUGAGGAAAGGUGGCAACCAUAUAGUGAUCGUCAUUCUUCAUAUGGACGUCGUCAGGGAAGGACGUAGCUAGUUCUUUCUCUGAACUUCAUUUUUUUUUGUAUAGUUAUUCAGGACGCUAGUCAUUCAUCUGUGCUACAAUGUCGCAGCAAUUCUGUUUAAAAUGGAACAACCACAUGAACAACAUGAUGGAUGUGUUCAAAAACCUCCUCUCAACAGAAUCUAUGGUAGAUGUCACACUUGCUUGUGAUGGAUUGAGCUUAAAAGCACAUAAAAUGGUGCUGUCGGCAUGCAGCCCAUUUUUCCAGGCUUUGUUCUUGGAAAAUCCUUGUCAGCACCCUAUUGUAAUUUUAAAAGACAUGAAAUACACUGAACUCAAAGCUAUUAUUGAGUUCAUGUAUCAUGGUGAAGUGAAUGUGGCUCAAGACCAAUUAUCUGCUCUUAUGAAAACUGCAGAGACUUUAAGAGUCAAAGGUUUAGCGGAAGUUACAAAUGAAAAAGGCCAAACAUCACAAGAGGAUUCUAGACAAAGUCAUACGGACACUCCGCCCCCUCAUAGUAAACGGCGGAAAGUUAGAAAUCGGAAACGUUCACUUAGUGGUUCGGACUAUAGUGACUCAAAUGAGCGUGAACCUAAGAUCAAACAACCAACUUCUCCAGAUAUAGAAGAGCUUUCGGGUGAUAUUUCAAUGGACAAUAGUAGACAAUUCCAAAAUGUACAGCAAUCACGUGUGCCUUUGCAAUCUCAUUCAUCAAACUCAUAUCAUAAAACCUCAUCUGUAGCCUCAUCACAAGACCUCCAUAUGGAAGGAGGAGCAUCUGAAAAUGAAAGUGAAUUUGGUGUAGAGCCAGCCAAACUGCUGCAACAAACUCUAACGACAGAAGAGGCUAGGAGAAGUAGGCUAUCUACAAUGUCAUCUUCAUCUGAACCUCAGAGGAGGCCAAAAAGUAGCACAGAUCAUUCCAUGGGCAUGAGUAUAGUUCCUACACCCCUUGCAUCUGAUGAAACGAGUCAGCAGCCGUCAAGUCCACCAGAUAUUAAACCUGAACUUUUAGAAUUAGAUCCACCUGUUUCACCUGUUGCCGGCCCAUCUCAUAGUAAUGAAAAUGCAAUGGUUGUAUACGGAGAUGCUGGACCGAGUUAUCAAGAUGACUCGGCCCUACUAUCUCAAGACUCACAACAACAGCAAGGUAACUAUCUGUCUAAAAAAGAAACUUUAAAAUUUUUAAAUGAAAUCAAGAAGGGUUUACUUUUCAUAUAGGUGGCUUAAAAGGUUUUUGGGAAAUUGAAGUUUAGUUUCUGUGAAAUUGAAACUAACUACAUUUUAUACUUGCCAGCUCUCCUUCUUGCUCUUUAGAGAAAAAGAUUAAAAAGGUAGAAAGAUGCGGUUUGUAAUAGUAUUAUUAAAACCAUAUAUAGUCAUUAUACUGUGAUUUUUAUUAAAAUGUUUCAAAUUUGUACCAUCAUUAUUCCUAUUUAGGCAAUUAAUAAAUUGCAAGAUUUGUUAUCAUAUAGUUCAAAGAAUUUCAUGUUUCUAAACAUCAACGCACAUGAUUUUAACUUGGUAAAUAGUGAUUCAUUUUGGCAAUAUUGAACAGUUGCACUUAAUGAUUUGAAAAUAAAAUGUGGUUCAUGUCUGCAUUAUUUAAAAAACAAAUCAUUAAUCAUUCAGUUUAAACAAUUAUAUUUUAUGCAGGUAUUUAUUACUCAGAAAAAGAUAGUCAAAUUUUUUUUUCUGUAGAAAUCUUUUUGAAUGUUUUUGUUUAAAUAAAAUGUCUCUUGACUGAUUAAUUUUAUUGAUUAGUGCUUUGCUAUGUUAGUAUUAAAAUUUCAUAAGAUAUGACAAAGGUAUACAUUACUCAUUUAGGAGAAUUUUAAUUUUCUGUAUUUUCAUGCGAAAAUUUCCGGCUUCUGUGAAAUUUCCCAAAUUUUUCAGUUAGGUGGGUUGGCAAGUUUGAUAAUUAAAGAACUUAAAAGUUAUUAAAUUGUAAGUUUUUUAAAAAAUUAUUAAAUUUUUAUAUUUAUUAAUAUUUAAAAUAUCUUUCAAAUUAUCAAUCUAAAACAAGAAAAAUGAAGCCUUAUUUUUAAAAAAAAAUUUUAUCUUGGAGUUAGCCUUUACACCACCUAUUUUAUUUUUUGUAUCUCAUUAACCGUAUUCUGCAUAUAAAAUUUGAUCUGCAAAUUUUGUCUUAGGGUAGUUAAAACAAUUCUGGUAAACAAUUGCCUAUUUGUUUCUCUAGGAAGUUAGCAAUUCUAUUAUGUUCUAAUUCUGAAUCUUUUUGAAAUUAAGUAUAUUAAAUUCAUACCUUAAAUUUUUCUAUAAAGGUAAUCUUGAUUUUUGCUUUUGAUUAAAUUAACUAGCAUUAACAAUUUUUAAACAGUUAAUGAAAAAUAUUAAUCUUAAGUUAAUUUUGCCUGAUAAAGAUUAAGCUAUGGAUAUGUUGAGCAUUUCUAGAGAUAUUCUCCAGAACUCCCUAAUGUGAAAUUUUGUUUCAGAUAGUAGGGAGGCAUGCAGGAUUUAAUUUUUAAAUUAUUUAGAAAACUAAAUAACCACUUCUUGAUUUCAUUUAAAAUACUUAUACUUAUCAUUGAUUCUUUCUUAAAACCUAUUUCUCCUAUGUUGGGUUUGAAAUAUUCAUAACAGAACUUCAAUUUCAAAUGUUGUCAAGUGUGAAACUUAAAAUGAAAUUGUUACAAAAUUAGCCUUUACUCAAAUUAUUUUCAGACUAAAUCAAUAUCAGUGGGUUCAAUUGCUAUCAUGCAAUCUCAGAAUCUACUACUCUAAAAUUUUUCUUUUGUAGAUUUAAUUUUUUAAAAUGUCUUUUGUAGAAUUUAAUUAUAUGACUAGUCAUUUUUAUUUAAUUAAAUCUGUUAACAGUAACUUAAAUAAAAAAUUAAUCUUUUGUAAUAGUAUGUAAAUAUCUGUACAUGAUUCAAAACUCCCUGCAUAAUUGGAAGUAGGUUAUAAGACAUGACAUGAUUUCUAUUGUGUGUUGAUUUGUCUCCUUUUCAAAUUUUUAAUUUAAUUGCUUGAACAUUUGAUUUCUGUUAAAAUAGUUCUUAAUAUUUUUAAAAUUAAAAUAGCUGGAUUUCUUAUUAUAAUAGCUGGACUUUCAUUUUGUUAAUAUCUAGAAAUUAAUUUCCGUAAUAAUGGAAAUUUGUUACAGUAAUUAGAUUUUUAUAAGGCUUGACAAAUUAACGUGCAGUGCAAUUUCUUGUAUAUUUUAAAGUAAGUUACUGAUUGUAUGAAAUACUAUGUAAUAUUUUUAAAAUUUUGAAUGCUCAAUGUAUUUUAAACCUUCCCUUGGGUUUGUAUAUUUAUGUCACAUGUUAUUGAUCUACUUGAACAUAAGCCUUUUAGUGCCGUUAUCGCGUCUCGCAAAUUCCGCCACAAACCCGCUUGUCUCGCAAUGAAGAUCAAGAACAGAGAAGAGGAUACACAUAAUAAAUGGUGAGUUGAAAAGUUUCUUUAAUUCCUAUUUAGUUAAGAAUUUUUGUUUUGUGAAGUGUUGUCAUUGGUAAGGUGACGAGGUUAUUGAAAUGUCAUUGGUAAGGUGACAGUGAAAGUCAUUGGUAAGGUGGCUAGGUUUUUCAGGAAACGUUAAGAAGAUUGUGAGGAACAGCUCUUAUAGCUGUCAUCUGUAAUUUUGCUAAUAUGAGUAUUGUUAUGUGAUCAUGUACUGUUCUCUGUUGUAAAACAUGCUCAUAUGCUUAUGUUGCAUGUUAAGUGAGAGCAAAGAAUGUAACUAUUAUUAUAUGAAUAAACUUAGUUUUUUUGUAUUAA